UCUUCCUCCUCCUCCUCUCUCUAGAUUUUCUCACACGCACGCGCACACUCACACACGUAGUUAUGGCUUCCACCACACUUCAUUCACGGUUAUCUACCACACAGUCGCCGGCAGUCACUCGGAGUAGUUCCUCUCUUCGUCCGAUCACCGGCAAUUCGCUGACAUGGAGCCGCGCCUUCGCUCCCGACCGCCUUCUUUCUGCCGUCUCUCAUUCUUCUCUUAGAGGGGUUGGAGGGUCUGUGAAGCCACUGAUAACAUGUGCCGCUGGGACAGCACCUGUAGCAGCAGCUAAUUUGGCACCAGGAACCCCAGUGAGACCAACCAGCAUAAUGGUUAUUGGAGCUACCGGAACUUUAGGAAGGCAGGUGGUGAGGAGGGCACUAGAUGAGGGAUAUGAUGUGCGAUGCCUUGUCAGACCUAGACCUGCCCCUGCUGAUUUUCUUCGUGACUGGGGUGCAACUGUCGUCAAUGGAGACUUGAGCAAACCUGAAACCAUACCAGCAACACUGGUUGGUGUCCAUACAAUCAUCGAUUGUGCCACAGGGCGUCCAGAGGAGCCAAUAAAAACCGUAGAUUGGGAAGGAAAGGUUGCUCUAAUACAGUGUGCAAAGGCAAUGGGAAUCCAAAAGUAUGUAUUCUUUUCGAUUCACAACUGUGACAAGCAUCCAGAAGUUCCAUUGAUGGAGAUCAAGUACUGUACUGAGAAGUUCCUUAAGGACUCUGGCAUAAACCAUGUUGUCAUCCGGUUAUGUGGUUUCAUGCAGGGGCUCAUUGGGCAGUAUGCUGUGCCGAUAUUAGAAGAAAAAUCUGUAUGGGGAACGGAUGCCCCAACACGAAUAGCUUAUAUGGACACUCAGGAUAUAGCUCGUUUAACAUUUAUUGCUAUACGAAGUGAAAAAGUUGAUGGGAAACUUCUUACAUUUGCUGGGCCUCGUGCAUGGACAACCCAAGAGGUUAUAACAUUGUGCGAGAGGCUAGCUGGACAAGAUGCAAGUGUGACUACAGUUCCAGUCUCAGUUCUGAAAUUCACUCGGCAGCUAACUCGUUGUUUUGAGUGGACAAAUGAUGUUGCAGACAGAUUGGCAUUUUCAGAGAUUCUCACAAGCGAUACCGUAUUCUCAGUACCAAUGAACGAGACAUAUCAACUUCUUGGUGUAGAUCAAAAAGAUAUCAUUACAUUGGAGAAGUAUUUGCAGGAUUACUUCUCAAACAUAUUGAAAAAGUUGAAGGACCUCAAGGCACAAUCUAAACAAAGCGACUUCUACAUUUAAAAAAAAGGCAUCUUUGUGUGUACAUGUUCUGCUAUUAUUUCAAAGACCACAUAUUACUUUGUAACGAUGAUAAAAAGGGUCCAUUUUUUUGUAAAUUUUACUUUCCUUAACGGGUACGAACACCUAUUUUGUAAAAUGGAAGGUAAAAAUGUGUUCAAAAUUGAAAAGCUUACCACCUAAACGGAAGCUGAAAAGCUUAUCUCA